ACGUAUCGGCGCCGCGGCCGCGUGACGCGUUUUCAAAUCUUCAACCGCCGCAGCCCACUCGUUUUUGCUUUUCCUCUUCCUUCUCGGCGCCCUGGGGCCGAUUUCGGCCCCGGAAACCAAACCAGCAGGCGCGGCAUCUCUACUGCGUGGGUGUGGUGGCCCGCGGAAGGGGAGAGGCGACCGGCGGGUCAACGGGCCUCAAGGAAGCCGAGUUUCCGAGACGGCCCGGGGCAACACCCUCUCCCGACCCAGCAUGUAGGUGCCGGGCGGCUGCCAUGAACUCCGGAGCCAUGAGGAUCCACAGCAAAGGACAUUUUCAGGGUGGAAUCCAAGUUAAAAAUGAAAAAAACCGACCAUCUUUGAAAUCUCUGAAAACUGAUAACAAACCAGAAAAAUCCAAAUAUAAACCUCUCUGGGGUAAAGUAUUUUACAUUGACUUACCUUCUGUCACCAUAUCUGAAAAACUGCAAAAGGACAUUAAGGAUCUGGGAGGGCGAGUUGAAGAAUUUCUCAGCAAAGAUAUCAGUUAUCUUAUUUCAAAUAAAAAGGAAGCUAAAUUUGCACAAACCUUGGGACGAAUCUCUCCUAUACCAAGUCCAGAAUCUGCCAAUACUGCAGAAACCACAUCACCUCAUCCCAGCCAUGAUGGAAGUUCAUUUAAGUCUCCAGAUACAGUGUGUUUGAGCAGAGGAAAAUUAUUAGUUGAAAAAGCUAUCAAGGACCAUGAUUUUAUUCCUUCAAACAGUAUAUUAUCUAAUGCCUUAUCAUGGGGAGUAAAAAUUCUUCAUAUUGAUGACAUUAGAUACUACAUUGAACAAAGGAAAAAAGAAUUGUAUUUACUCAAGAAAUCAAGCACUUCUGUAAGAGAUGUGGGGAAAAAAGUAGGUGUUGGCACUCAGAAAACAAAAAGUAGACUCAAAAAGCCUUUUGUAAAGGUGGAAGAUAUGAGCCAGCUUUAUAGGCCAUUUUAUCUUCAGCUGACCAAUAUGCCUUUUAUAAACUAUUCUAUUCAGAAGCCCUCCAGCCCAUUUGAUGUAGAGAAGCCAUCUAGCACCCAAAAGCAAACUCAAGUUAAACUAAGGAUCCAAACAGAUGGUGAUAAAUGUGGUGGAAUUCCAGUUCAAUUCCAGUUAAAAGAGAAGAAAAAAAAGGGAUAUUGUGAAUGUUGCUUGCAGAAAUAUGAAGAUCUUGACAUUCAUCUUCUGAGUGAGCAACACAGAAACUUUGCACAGAGUAAUCACUAUCAAGUUGUUGAUGACAUUGUAUCUAAGUUAGUUUUUGACUUUGUGGAAUACGAAAGGGACACGCCUAAAAAGAAAAGAAUAAAAUACAGUGUUGGAUCCCUUUCUCCUAUUAUUGCAACUGUUGUGAAAAGGUCUGGCACUAAAGAAGAGCUGGAAUUGCUGCAUAAUUUUCAAAAAGACUUCAGGGGAAAUGUACAUAUGAUAGAGCAGGGUUUCCUAUAUAAAGAACCUCUUCAGGAACCUGAACAAAAGUCUGUGUCUACUUCAGAACAUACCCUCCACCAUUGUAGUGAACCUAGAGAACUUGAUGAUAAAACAUCUCAUAAACGUUCCAUGUUAAAUCCAGCUGAAAAUGACAUAAAACAAAAUUUGACACCUCUGCCUCCAUGUAAAAAUAAACAAGAAUGCAUUCUUGAUGUUUCCAAACACAAAUUAAUUUUAAAUGAAAGUGACUUAGAAGUAAAGGUAGCUAACUGUCCAUGUAGGCCACAGACAUCUAUACAGGUUUCUAAUUUCAAUACAGAUGAUAGUGCAUCUCAACGAAAACAAAAGUCAGAUACUGUGCUUUUUCCAGCAAAGGACCUGAAAGAAAAGGACCUUUAUUCGGUAUUUCAUCGUGAUUCUGAUCUGUUAGCAAUAAACAGUUCACAGGAGCACCUGACAAUUUGGGCAGAAAUUCCAUCCCAAAGCCCUCCUGAGGAACCCAACACAUGUGACAUCAAGAGUAUGGACAGUUUGCCUUCUGGUAAGAUCUGUCGGAAAGUGAAAAUACCAUUAAGAAGAAAUAAAAAAGAAAACCUGGAACCAAAUGUGGGGUUAGAUAAAAAAAGAACUGAAUUUCUUACUACACAAGAAGAAAACAGAAUUUGUAGCUCACCAGUACAAUCUCUACUGGACUUAUUUCAGACUAGUGAAGAGAAAUCAGAAUUUUUGGGUUUCACAAGCUAUACUGACAACAAUAAUAUUUUAGAUAUUUGGGAAGAGGAAAAUUCAAAUCUGUUAACAAUGUUUUUCUCUUCCCCUUCAACUUCUACAUUUACUGGCUUUUAGGUUUUAAAAAAAAAUAAAUGCCUUUCAAAAGCAAUGAUCAUAUUCUUGAAAUUUUUAUAAAUGUAUAAAAAUUCUUAGUUUGGGGAACGGGGGUUUGCCAGUUUUGUUUACAGAACCGAUGUAAAUAAUAAUAAGGUGAUUUUGUGUUUUUCUACAGAAUUACAUACCUAUUUUAGAAAAAUUAUGGAAUAAACUUGUGACUCUA